AUGCCAAACUGGGGAGGAGGCACCAAGUGUUCGGCCUGUGAGAAGACGGUGUACCAUGCGGAGGAGAUCCAGUGUAAUGGGAGGAGCUUCCACAAGACCUGUUUCAUCUGCAUGAGCUGCAGGAAAGGGCUGGACAGCACCACGAUGGCGGCGCACGAGUCUGAGAUUUACUGCAAGUCCUGCUACGGCAAGAAAUAUGGGCCAAAAGGCUACGGUUACGGGCAAGGAGCUGGAGCUCUGAGCUCUGAUCCUCCUCGACAUGCGGGCCUGCAGCGUCAUGACUCUAAACCAAGACCAGCUCCCUCACACUCUACUGACAAUAAAUCUUCCCCGAAGUUUGGAUGUUCAGACCGCUGCCCUCGCUGCUCCAAAGCCGUCUACGCAGCUGAGAAGGUGAUGGGAGCAGGGAAGCCCUGGCAUAAAACCUGUUUCCGCUGCCUCCUGUGUGGUAAAAGCCUGGACUCGGCCACAGUGACGGACAAGGAUGGAGAACUGUACUGUAAAGUUUGUUACGCCAAAAACUUCGGGCCUAAAGGGUUUGGGCUGGGGAACGCUGCCAUGUUGGAGUAACGACAGGAAACUCUUCUGGUUUUAAACUCACAAUCACACGGCAGCUUUUCACCUUUUACCUUUACACUUGAUAAUGUAUGUAAAACAUAAAAGAC